UUAACUCACCUAGGGUGGGUGACUAACGAUAACGUUCCAGAAACACAUUGCGUUGAACAAUUGCUUUGAUAACACGUUGUUAAAUUAUACGGUUAAAAGUAUUUGGGUUGGGUAUCGGUAUAUAAAAAUAAGUAUAUUUUUCGUGAAAAUGAUGAAAAAGACGUUAUAUUUGACAUUUAUUGUGCUUCUUCUGGUAGUGACUAACAUUGAAUCCAAAAGAAGCAUGUCUCGAAGUCGAAGUUCGGGGUCUGGCCGCAGUUCAGGUAGAAAAACUAAUACAAAUUCGCAACCAGCACCUACUCCCUUAAGCCACUCACAAGCUUCCGCGCCCAAACCUUCUUUGUUUGGAUGGCAGGAAAAACCAGCUCAGAAAAGUCGUAAUGAAGGUCAUUCGUAUCCACAAAGUAAUACUGGCCUUUCUGGAAAUAAACAACCGAAAACACCUCAACAAGAAAACAUACAAAGGAGCAACGUACCUUUGCAGCAAUCAGUUAAACCAGCGCAGACAAGUCAAUCAGGUCAUUCAUAUCCACAAAGUAAUACUGGCCUUUCUGGAAACAGUCCACCAAAAACAUCUCAACAAGAGAGCAUCCAAAGAAGUAACGUACCAUUACAACAAUCUGGAAAACCUCCGCAGAACAGUCAAUCGGGGGCUUCAUAUCCGGUUUCGAGUGGUCUAUCUGGAAAUUCUGGUUCAGGUACCGGAUACCCACAAGGGUCAGGGUUAUCAGGUUCUAACUCAGCACCUCUUUCUAAUCAAGGAAUAAACUCACCCAAUAACUUCAGACCUCACGCAUCUCCUACAAAUAGUUUUAACAAUAAUAACCAACCCCAAAAUGGACCAACACCACCACCAUAUUCAAGCUUAGGAAAUAACUACAACAAUCAUCAUCAAGGACCUCCUCCACCAUAUACAAACUAUGGAGGUUAUGGAGGACAUGGAGGAUAUGGCGGAUCAUAUGGACCACAGUCACCUGGCUAUUUUGGAGGUUAUGCUUAUAAUGGCAAAAACUUCGGAGGCGUAAGCCAAACACGAAGUGCCUUAACUGGAGUUGGUAUAGCUGGUGCUGGAAUAGGUACUGUAUUAACGGGUUUGGCAUUAUGGAAUUUGGCUAGAUCGACUGGUCGCCAUCAUCACACAGUAAUUUAUGACAACCGAGGACAACCGAUUGCUGUAGCCCCUGAAAAUAGCACAACACCAGUUUCUGAUCCUUUCUUAGCCAAUUUAGUUAACUGUACAUUAACUAUAAAUACGGAUAAUGGUACAGAAGUACUUGCGAUACCUUGCUCUAUUGCAACUUCAUUCACUCCGGAUGCUGAUGUGAAGGAUUUAGGUGUGGAUAAGAAUAAUAAAGAGGAUAAUACAAAGUGUACAAUUACCGUUGUUACAAAAGAAGGAAAAGAAUUUAUGACAACUAUACCUUGUUCUACCCUUCUUAAAUCAGCAGCGGAAAAUAAUGUUACAGAAACUCCAAUUAAUAUAAAUUCAACGAACAUAGAAAGCUUUACGACGGCUCCUGCUGAAGAUAUAAUGUCUUCUGAAUCUCCGACUGCUUUAAGACUUUCAAAUAUUUCUGAAAAUACCAGCAGCGAACAUGCUUUGCCUUGCACACAAGAACCAGGAGAAAUCAGAGAUCCGAUUAAUCCCUGUUACAGUGUUAAACAUAAUCUCACUGUUAUACCUUUGCAACCAAUAAAAAAAUAAUUUCUAUUUUUAAUGCUAAUUAAAGACACUGUUUCGUUUA